UCCUAACUUUACUUUCGCUUUCUAGCAACAUGAAACGCAGCUGAUUGUCUCCUAAUAAUCGUCCAUCCAACGGACUGCGGACCAUUUCUAUCAUCAGAUUGUUGUCAUCAGCGGAGUUUCUGGAGACAUCUGCUCCUUUCUGGCCUGAAUCAGCCGCUGCUCUCCCGCUGUCUGACGGAUCCGCUCCCGUUCCGUUCCGUUCCGGGCUGCACGCGUUGGUGGAAACGCGGCUGCGGCCUGAACUUGUUUGGACAUCGGCUGGACAGCAGAUCAGACUUGGUGUGUUUUAUAUCUACAUGACGGAGUUCUGUGGAGACAACUGGAGGUCGCUUUGGAGAUGAAGGUAGGAAGUGUGUGAGAGCUGGUGUGAAUUCAGCAUCAUGGAUAAGUGUGAGGACAGAGAGGAGGUAGUCUCUCCCACUAAAACCAGUCUGUGUGGGGAACACGAGAACCAGAGCAAAGCCCAGAGACGGCGACCAGGACCUGGACCUGGACACAGCUGUGUGUCCAUGAGGAGUGACCAAUCAAAUGCCAUUAUUAGUCAUACAUGUUUAACUGACAGAAAGAUCCAUCAGAGAAUUGAACCUGAACCUGUAUGUGGACCUGAACCCAGCUUGGUUUCCUGUAAGAGUGACCAUUCAAAAGAUCUUGGUAUUGAGUUUAAAACUGACCGAACUUCUUCUGUCAAAGCUCAGAGGAACCAGCUAGGACCUGAAAAUGGACCUGAACCCAGCUUGGUUUCCUGUAAGAGUGACCAUUCAAAAGAUCUUGGUAUUGAGUUUAAACUGGGCCAACCUUCUCCAGUUUAUAGAGUGGACCAGCAGAGCUCAGAGCUUCCCAGUGGUCAGUCUGCCCAGCAGCAUCAAACACAGCUGGACUCCAUAUUUAUGCUGCUGGAGGACAACAUGAUCACUUUCAUGAAGAAGGAGCUGAAGAAGAUCCAGAAGCUUCUGAGUCCAGAUUACCCAGAAUGCAUAGAGAGCCAGAGGGAGAAUGAAGAGGUAUUGGAGGGUGAGGAUGAGGAGCAGAGGAAGAGGAAAGAGGCGUUAGUGAAGAUCGCAGUGGACUUCCUGAGGAGGAUGAAGCAGGAGGAGCUGGCUGAGCGUCUGCAGAGCAAACUCCUUCCUUCAGUUUUUCAACGUAAACUAAAAUGUGGUCUGAAGAAGAAGUUCCAGUGUGUGUUUGAGGGGAUUGCUAAGGCAGGAAACCCAACCCUUCUGAACCAGAUCUACACAGAGCUCUACAUCACAGAGGGAGGGACUGCAGAGGUCAAUGAUGAACAUGAGGUCAGACAGAUUGAAACAGCAUCCAGGAAACCAGACAGACCAGAAACAACCAUCAGACAAGAAGACAUCUUUAAACUCCCACCUGGAAGAGAUGAACCAAUCAGAACAGUGAUGACAAAGGGAGUGGCUGGCAUUGGGAAAACUGUCUUAACACAGAAGUUCACUCUGGACUGGGCUGAAGACAAAGCCAACCAGGACAUCCAGUUCUUGUUUCCACUGACUUUCAGAGAGCUGAAUGUGCUGAAAGAGGAAAAGUUCAGCUUGGUGGAACUUGUUCAUCACUUCUUUACUGAAACCAAAGAAGCAGGAAUCUGCAGCUUUGAAGAGUUCCAGGUUGUCUUUAUCUUGGACGGUCUGGAUGAGAGUCGAUUUCCUCUGGACUUCAAUAAAACCAAAGUUCUAACUGACCCUAGGAAAUCCACCUCAGUGGAUGUGCUGCUGACUAACCUCAUCAGGGGGAAACUGCUUCCCUCUGCUCGCCUCUGGAUAACCACACGACCUGCAGCAGCCAAUCAGAUCCCUCCUGACUGUGUUGGCAUGGUGACAGAGGUCAGAGGGUUCACUGACCCACAGAAGGAGGAGUACUUCAGGAAGAGGUUCAGAGAUAAGAAACAGGCCCGCAGGAUCAUCUCCCACAUGAAGACAUCACGAAGCCUCCACAUCAUGUGCCACAUCCCAGUCUUCUGCUGGAUCACUGCUACAGUUCUGGAGGAUGUGCUGGAAACCAGAGAGGGAGGAGAGCUGCCCAAGACCCUGACUGAGAUGUACAUCCACUUCCUGGUGGUCCAGACCAAAGUCAAGAAGGUAAAGUAUGAUGGAGGAGCUGAGACAGAUCCACACUGGAGUCCAGAGAGCAGGAAGAUGAUUGAGUCUCUGGGAAAACUGGCUUUUGAUCAGCUGCAGAAAGGAAACCUGAUCUUCUAUGAAUCAGACCUGACAGAGUGUGGCAUCGAUGUCACCGCAGCCUCAGUUUACUCAGGAGUGUUCACACAGAUCUUUAAAGAGGAGAGAGGACUGUACCAGGAGAAGGUGUUCAGCUUCAUCCAUCUGAGUGUUCAGGAGUUUCUGGCUGCUCUUCAUGUCUGUCUGACCUUCAUCAAGUCUGGAGUCAACCUGAUGGAAGAAGAAGCAACCUUAUCCAAGUCUAAAACAAGAGAAGAGCCUUUUCUCUACCAAUGUGCUGUAGAUGAGGCCUUACAGAGUCCAAAUGGACACCUGGACUUGUUCCUCCGCUUCCUCCUGGGUCUUUCACUGCAGACCAAUCAGAGUCUCCUACGGGGUCUGCUGACACAGACAGGAAGUAGCUCACAGACCAAUCAGGAAACAGUUCAGUACAUCAAGGAGAGGAUCAGUGGGAAUGUGUCUGCAGAGAGAAGCAUCAAUCUGUUCCACUGUCUGAAUGAACUGAAUGAUCGUUCUCUAGUGGACGAGAUCCAACAGUCCCUGAGAUCAGGAAAUCUCUCCACAGAUCAGCUGUCUCCUGCUCAGUGGUCGGCUCUGGUCUUCAUCUUACUGUCAUCAGAACAAGAUCUGGAGGUGUUUGACCUGAAGAAAUACUCUGCUUCAGAGGAGGCUCUGCUGAGGCUGCUGCCAAUGGUCAAAGCCUCCAGCAAAGCUCUCCUGAAUGACUGUAACCUCUCAGAGAGAAGCUGUGAAGCUCUGUCCUUGGUUCUCAGCUCUCAGUCCUCUAGACUACGAGAGCUGGAUCUGAGUAGCAACAACCUGAAGGAUUCAGGAGUGAAGCAGCUGUGUGACGGCCUGAAGAGUUCGUACUGUGAGCUGGAAACUCUGAGUUUGUCCGGAUGUCUGAUCACAGAGGAAGGCUGUGCUUCUCUGGCAUCAGCUCUGACCUCCAACCCCUCCCAUCUGAGAGAGCUGGACCUGAGAUACAACCAUCCAGGAGAGGAAGGAGCGAAGCUGCUGACGGCUGCCCUGAAGAAUCCACACAGACUCAGGAUGGAACCUACUGGAGUCCGAUGGUUAACACCAGGUAUCAGGAAGUAUUCCUGUGAACUAUUAAUCGACACAAAUACAAUGAACAGAGAGCUCGAAGUGUCUGACAACAACAAGAAGGUGAAACGUGUGAUGGAGAUUCAGUCAUAUCCUGAUCAUCCAGACAGAUUUGACUUCUGUCCUCAGCUGCUGUGCAGAAAUGUUCUGACUGGUCGCUGCUACUGGGAGGUGGAGUGGAGUGGAGAGCUUCGUAUAUCUGUGAGUUACAGAGGAAUCAGAAGGAAAGGAAACAAGGAUGAUAAUGUGUUGGGAAGGAAUGAUCAGUCCUGGAGUCUGGACUGUGCAGAUAUUGGUCGCUACUCUGUGUGGCAUAACAAGAGAGGAACAUCUAUUCCGUCUUCCACAUCCUCCUCCUCCUCUUCUUCUUUGGUGUCUAACAGAGUAGCUGUGUAUGUGGACUGUCCUGCUGGCACUCUGUCCUUCUACAGAGUCUCCUCAGACUCACUGAUCCACCUCCACACCUUCAUCACCACAUUCACUCAUCCUCUCUAUGCUGGAUUUGGAUUCAGGUCAUUUGGUUCCUCAGUGAGUCUGCACUGAAUCAACACAACACAGAAACCCAAGUAAAGCUCUGUGGUUUGACUGAUUUGGAUGGAAUAAGGACUGGACAGAGACUUGAUGCAGGCAUCGGUCGCUAUAAGAGUGUGUUCUGUUACAUUACAUUCAUAUUAAUAUGAGUGUAAUUUUCUAUCUGUAGCUCACGUAGAGACAGUCAUAAUGAAACGAUCUUAAAAAAGGUCAAUAGUUAGAAUUUUGCUGAACUUGUAUGAAUUCAGUUUGUGUGUGAAACCUCCUUCCAGUUAUUUAAAGAUAUAAGCUAAUUUUAUACCAGUGUUCUGUUAGCAUUCACAGCAUCACACUGAAUAUCGGUUGUUUCAUUUCAGGUCCUUCACUUCAUGUCAGCUGCAGCUGGUUUGCUGCACAUGUGACAAACUGUGAAAUCAGAACAGUCACUGAGCUGCAAUCAGCCACAGUAGAUUUCUUUAGUAUGUAGAUCAGGAUCUUCUGUUACCAGCACACACUCACAAGCUCUAAAUCAUUUGACUGACGUUUAAUUUUUGUAAAAAAUACAAAUCAUAAAAUAUAUCAUGUAGUUUCUGCACAUCUGACAAAGUGUGGUUAAUUAAGACUUUGCUUAAAUCCAACCAUGGGGUCAGAACAUUUUUUUAGAUUCUUUGUUAGCUUCUCUUCUCUUAGGAAAAGCGAGUAAAUGUUGAACAAGUUCUUAAACCAAGAGAGACAUCUAAAUAGACUGACAGACCGAUGGUGAAAAAUAUGACAAUCAGGCGAUUAGACGGUUAAUAAUACAAUGACUGGAUCACAGGAGAAGCAACGACAACAAGAGGAAGAUAGGAAUGUGUAAACACCAUGGCUAAUAAUUUAUUUAAUCCCGUCCACAAAUAGUUAAAAAACAAAACUGGACUUAUAUUAAACAAAUUUGACUGAAAUUAUUUGAGAAAUUUAAUUAAUUUGAAGCUGAAGGAGACUUAUUUUUGUCCCUUUGCUGUCAAAGGCCAAAUCUGUUAAUUCACUUGUUUUUUAACUUUUCUUUAUCAUGAAGUUUCUAAUAUACAUUUCAUAUAAAAUAAUAUACAUUUACCCUUGUACUGUAUGUAUUCAUGUAUGUAUUGUGAUUCUAGGUACAGUUAAAAUAAAUGCAGAAGUAUUCUAUCA